GGUCGGAACCUGAGAUCCCGUAUCGCUGUGUGUGUGUGUGUGUGCGUGUGUGUGUGUGUGUGUGUGUGUUGCCACUGGACGGUUGAUUUAUUUUCCAAGCUGCUCUCUCUGCCUGCCGUGCAAGGGACGCGCAAAGGGCUAGAGAGGUUUGGCGGACGCGUCAAAACUGGCAAAGCUGGCGGCUUAGGGGGAGGGGCAAGUGGACUUGGAGGCCCUCCUCCACUGUGCACCCCCUUGGAAAAAAAGCGGAGGGGGCAUCAAGUAAAAGUUUCUUGCCAGGCAGAGCCAGCUCGGCGUCCCCCGCACAUAGCUGGGGUUAGCAGGGGUUGCUUCUGUGCCGGGCACAGCGUCUCCAGGAGCCAGCCGGGGAGAGCUGAGCCAAGGCCGAAGGAGCCGCCUGCGGGCUUAGCCGUCCCCUCCCGCCCGUUGGCCCCAGAGCGGACGCUGGGACGCCUGAGGUCUGGCAGCUCUGCGCCCGGCUAGGAGCGGGCGGGCGAGCAUUCGCCUGCGUCCCGGAGAAGGGGCGCAGCGCCGCAGUUGAGGCCGGAGCAGCCCCUCGCGGGCGUAGGAUACCUGUCAGUGAGCCCCCGGAUUGCACGGCCCCCGGGUAGUGCCUGCCGGCGAGGGGCGGGAGCUCGGGUGACUUGGCCAUCCCCAUCCCCGGUCCCCCGGGCCCGGGCACCGGCUCAGGCCCGGAGGGCGGCCACUUCCCACCGUCCUUCUCCCCUUACUGGCAGAGCGCGCUGCGGGCGGACUCCCGGGCCCGGAGCAGCCCACCGGCCACCCCACCGCCCACCCGGCGCCCGGUGUCUCCUCCCUGCCGCUCUACCCAGCAACUUUCCGUGCUUUGUUCCCCGACUGGAAAUGCUUUACGGAAGCGUCUUGGACAGGGUCUCCGCCAGGCGGCAAGAGCUCGGUGCUGAGAUGUGUUACGUUCUCAUCUCCCCAUCAAUUAUGGAUGGAAACAAAUAAGGAAGAGUCAAUUUUGCAUGAGCCCCUUCUCCGGCAACGAGAGGCGUCCUGCAGCCGGGAGGGAGCCGCCACUCGCGCCGGCAGCCGCUGGCAGGGGCAUGGUGAGGAGGAAGGUAGCUCAGUGGCAUUUCUGAGCAGGGGCCACCCUGACUUCACCUUGGCCCACCAUGAGGGUCUUCCUGCUUUGUGCCUACAUACUGCUGCUGAUAGUUUCCCAGUUGAGGGCAGUCAGCUUUCCUGAAGAUGAUGAACCCCUUAAUACUGUCGACUAUCACUAUUCAAGGCAAUAUCCGGUUUUUAGAGGACGCCCUUCAGGCAAUGAAUCGCAGCACAGGCUGGACUUUCAGCUGAUGUUGAAAAUUCGAGACACACUUUAUAUUGCUGGCAGGGAUCAAGUUUAUACAGUAAACUUAAAUGAAAUGCCCAAAACAGAAGUAAUACCAAACAAGAAACUGACAUGGCGAUCAAGACAACAGGAUCGAGAAAACUGUGCUAUGAAAGGCAAGCAUAAAGAUGAAUGCCACAACUUUAUCAAAGUAUUUGUUCCAAGAAACGAUGAGAUGGUUUUUGUUUGUGGUACCAAUGCAUUCAAUCCCAUGUGUAGAUACUACAGGUUGAGUACCUUAGAAUAUGAUGGGGAAGAAAUUAGUGGCCUGGCAAGAUGCCCAUUUGAUGCCAGACAAACCAAUGUUGCCCUCUUUGCUGAUGGGAAGCUGUAUUCUGCCACAGUGGCUGACUUCUUGGCCAGCGAUGCCGUUAUUUAUCGAAGCAUGGGUGAUGGAUCUGCCCUUCGCACAAUAAAAUAUGAUUCCAAAUGGAUAAAAGAGCCACACUUUCUUCAUGCCAUAGAAUAUGGAAACUAUGUCUAUUUCUUCUUUCGAGAAAUCGCUGUUGAACAUAAUAAUUUAGGCAAGGCUGUGUAUUCCCGCGUGGCCCGCAUAUGUAAAAACGACAUGGGUGGCUCCCAGCGGGUCCUGGAGAAACACUGGACUUCAUUUCUGAAGGCUCGGCUGAACUGUUCUGUCCCUGGAGAUUCGUUUUUCUACUUUGAUGUUCUGCAGUCUAUUACAGACAUAAUACAAAUCAAUGGCAUCCCCACUGUGGUCGGGGUGUUUACCACACAGCUCAAUAGCAUCCCUGGUUCUGCUGUCUGUGCAUUCAGCAUGGAUGACAUUGAAAAAGUAUUCAAAGGACGGUUUAAGGAACAGAAAACUCCAGAUUCUGUUUGGACAGCAGUUCCCGAAGACAAAGUCCCAAAGCCAAGGCCUGGCUGUUGUGCAAAACACGGCCUUGCCGAAGCGUAUAAAACCUCCAUCGAUUUCCCGGAUGAAACUCUGUCAUUCAUCAAAUCUCAUCCCCUGAUGGACUCUGCCGUUCCACCCAUUGCCGAUGAGCCCUGGUUCACAAAGACUCGGGUCAGGUACAGACUGACGGCCAUCGCAGUGGACCAUUCAGCCGGACCCUAUCAGAACUACACAGUCAUCUUUGUUGGCUCUGAAGCUGGCGUGGUACUUAAAGUUCUGGCAAAGACCAGUCCUUUCUCUUUGAACGACAGCGUAUUACUGGAAGAGAUUGAAGCCUACAACCAUGCAAAGUGCAAUGCUGAGAAUGAGGAAGACAAAAAGGUCAUCUCAUUACAGUUGGAUAAAGAUCACCACGCUUUAUAUGUGGCGUUCUCUAGCUGCAUUAUCCGCAUCCCCCUCAGUCGCUGUGAGCGUUAUGGAUCAUGUAAAAAGUCUUGUAUUGCAUCUCGUGACCCGUAUUGUGGCUGGUUAAGCCAGGGAUCCUGUGGUAGAGUGACCCCAGGGAUGCUGCUGUUAACCGAAGACUUCUUUGCUUUCCAUAACCACAGUGCUGAAGGAUAUGAACAAGACACAGAAUUCGGCAACACAGCUCAUCUAGGGGACUGCCAUGAAAUUUUGCCUACUUCAACUACACCAGAUUACAAAAUAUUUGGCGGUCCAACAUCUGACAUGGAGGUAUCUUCAUCUUCUGUUACCACAAUGGCAAGUAUCCCAGAAAUCACACCUAAAGUGAUUGAUACCUGGAGACCUAAACUGACAAGCUCUCGGAAAUUUGUAGUUCAAGAUGAUCCAAACACUUCUGAUUUUACUGAUCCUUUAUCGGGUAUCCCAAAGGGUGUACGAUGGGAAGUCCAGUCUGGAGAGUCCAACCAGAUGGUCCACAUGAAUGUCCUCAUCACCUGUGUCUUUGCUGCUUUUGUUUUGGGGGCAUUCAUUGCAGGUGUGGCAGUGUACUGCUAUCGAGACAUGUUUGUUCGGAAAAACAGAAAGAUCCAUAAAGAUGCAGAGUCCGCCCAGUCAUGCACAGACUCCAGUGGAAGUUUUGCCAAACUGAAUGGUCUCUUUGACAGCCCUGUCAAGGAAUACCAACAGAAUAUUGAUUCUCCUAAACUGUAUAGUAACCUGCUAACUAGUCGGAAAGAGCUACCACCCAAUGGAGAUACUAAAUCCAUGGUAAUGGACCAUCGAGGGCAACCUCCAGAGUUGGCUGCUCUUCCCACUCCUGAGUCUACACCUGUGCUUCACCAGAAGACCCUGCAGGCCAUGAAGAGCCACUCAGAAAAGGCCCAUGGCCAUGGAGCUUCAAGGAAAGAAACCCCUCAGUUUUUUCCGUCUAGUCCGCCACCUCAUUCCCCAUUAAGUCAUGGGCAUAUCCCCAGUGCCAUUGUUCUUCCAAAUGCUACCCAUGACUACAACACGUCUUUCUCAAACUCCAAUGCUCACAAAGCUGAAAAGAAGCUUCAAAACAUUGAUCACCCUCUCACAAAGUCAUCCAGUAAGAGAGAUCACCGGCGUUCUGUUGAUUCCAGAAAUACCCUCAAUGAUCUCCUGAAGCAUCUGAAUGACCCAAAUAGUAACACCAAAGCCAUCAUGGGAGACAUCCAGAUGGCACACCAGAACUUAAUGCUGGAUCCCAUGGGAUCGAUGUCUGAGGUCCCACCUAAAGUCCCUAACCGGGAGGCAUCGCUAUACUCCCCUCCUUCAACUCUCCCCAGAAAUAGCCCAACCAAGCGAGUGGAUGUCCCCACCACUCCUGGAGUCCCAAUGACUUCUCUGGAAAGACAAAGAGGUUAUCACAAAAAUUCCUCCCAGAGGCACUCUAUAUCUGCUAUGCCUAAAAACUUAAACUCACCAAAUGGUGUUUUGUUAUCCAGACAGCCUAGUAUGAACCGUGGAGGAUAUAUGCCCACCCCCACUGGGGCGAAGGUGGACUAUAUUCAGGGAACACCAGUGAGUGUUCAUCUGCAGCCUUCCCUCUCCAGACAGAGCAGCUACACCAGUAAUGGCACUCUUCCUAGGACGGGACUAAAGAGGACGCCGUCCUUAAAACCUGACGUGCCACCAAAGCCUUCCUUUGUUCCUCAAACCCCAUCUGUCAGACCACUGAACAAAUACACAUACUAGGCCUCAAGUGUGCUAUUCCCAUGUGGCUUUAUCCUGUCCCUGUUGUUGAGAGGAUGAUGUUGUAAGGGUACCUUAAAACAAGAGACUCGCUUGUAUUUUAAGAGAACCAAGUGGCCAAAGAAACUCUAACUUUGGCAACAUCAGAACUUGCCACAUGUAGCUACUGCAGCAAGGCUUCUGUGUACUUGCCUGAAAACAAAGGAAGGUGCUGGUCAUUCCAUUUCUUUUGUUGGAAGCUAAAGAGAUGUGUAGCUCACAGGGGCUACCUUACCAGUAUAAAGAGCUGAUAACAGUACUCAGAAGAAUCUGAACAAAUACUUGAAAAUGGGUUCAGUGUAGACUGCCAUUAUGUGUGGUCUUCCCAUUAAAUGUGAACAUUUUAAUAUGUAUGCAUUCACCUUGCCUCUUGCACAAAUGUCAAAAAAAGAUGGUAAUGUCUCAAAGAAAUGAACUUGUAGAUUACCAAGCAGUUUGCUAAAAAUUCAAUCUUUGACCCAAGCUGUAGCAUUUUUUUUCAUGUGUGGCAUCUUUUUCAUGCCACCAACAAACUUGUUGCGUGCGUGCGUGCGUGUGUGUGUGUGUGUGUGUGUGUUCUGUACCCACUAGGAUUUGUUUAGGUGCCCAUUGCAUCUUUUUGUGCUAUGGAGUUGUUUACAUUAACCAUGACCGAACGAGAGACAAUGCUAUUUCCCACAGGAGUCCAUUGGGUUCAGCUUUGAAAGAGGAAUAGAAUCGAGGCUCCUUUGACCAUCAAAAUGAUGAACUUUACUUAUGUGGUACCCAAUGGCAGAAUGUAAGAGUUGCAAGUGAUUUUGUGCUGCUAUUCAUUAAAACUUGUAUUCCAGUCUUGCCAGCUUAAGGAGAUCAAGAUAUUAAGAGUUAUCCUUGAUUUAUUUUCCAGUAUUCAGUAGUAAAAUUUUCCUGUCCACUGUGAAUCAAAGCCUGAGUCACUCUAUUUAACCUUGGACACACUAAUAAGGUUUUAUUUUGAUUGUGUUCGUUUUUUCCCACGCAUAGUAAAAUUUCUCCUCCUUUAACUCCUCCUACCCCCCAAGGUAAGAAACAAAAAACAAACAAACAAACAAAAAUAGAAGACAAAAGAAAGACAUAUGAAAGGAAUUGUAAUUGGCUUAACAGAAACAGUCUGUAAAAACCUAACAGUGGUGCAAUCAUGUUGUCUGUGUUGUGUUAUGUGAGAAUUUUCUCCUAAGUCAUGCAGGUAAUGACAAUAUACUGUAAAUACCACAUGUGAGUUUACCUGAAUCUGUGCAUUUUGUGCCUUAUUCAUGAGAAUGAUAGAAGUACUAAAAUCUGUCAAGUGUUUUCAGUAUAGCACAUUAUUUACUGAGUGCCAGUUGUAAAUGUUUUUCAACCAGCACCUGAAAAGACUCUUUUCAAAAAAUCACAGAAACAACCUAGAAUAAUUAUUUGUUACAUAAUCUGACCUCAUAGCAGCAUUACAUUCUUUGCCAUGAUAAACAUUCCACUCCUGCUUUCCUAAGGAUGAAACAGUGAUAAUGUGAACUCAAAUGAGGUUUCCUGGGUAAUGUGACACCUGCAGAAACUAUGGAGCGUCAUUUAUACGUAGUUUGGCAGAAACUACUUACGGCUGAUGAUGCGCAACCCUGCUGACUGUUUCAGUUAAUAUGCUGCACACCACACACUUGUUUAGUGAACCAAAUUUAGAAAGUACAAAGGCAGAGGUAUGCUCCUGCUGUAGUCAGGCAAAUGAGUUCAACUGGAUUUCUUUUGACAAUACUGUUGGUACCUGUUACUUGGGGGAGGACAUGUUGCAGAAGACCAGAUCAUUUUUAUACAGAAUGUGAAAUACUGAUACAGUUAUUCUUUUUUUUAAAGAACAUUGUUUUAUAAAGAACGUGAUUUCCAGUGAUCUCUGGAAGCGCUAAAGCUAAAAUUUCUGUUCUUGAAACACUUCAGCUUUGCAACUAAAAUAUUACAGAUUAAUAAUAAAUUAAACCAACCAAUGAUAAACACUACUCAGUCCACCAACAACAAACGUGUUUGAAUUCACCUUACCAAUAUUAAUCCCAGCGUGUGUAAAACAGAGCAGUAACUCUAUGUGACCCCAGAUAACAUUUUGUAACAUUGUGCUUCCUUGUAGUUUGUAAUGUGAGUUCAAUCAGUAUUUAUGUUGAAAUUUCUAACAUUAAAUCUAGUCUCUAUCCUGUUAAUUUAAUUUUUAAAUGCUUUAUCCAUUUGUGCAAAGGUAAACGCAGAUUGUAUCUUUUUUAAUGGUACGGCAUAAAAAGUAACCCUCAAGUGAAGUGUCUCUAUACUGUUUUAUAGAGUACUUUAACAUGUAUAGAUACCUUGUAAACUUGUAUUGUGGAUGUGUAAAUAAUAUGUACUUUGGGUUUUUAACACCGCAUGUAAAGUCAAAAUAAAAUAUACAAAUCAUUA